GCAAUGUUUUGGUCUCUUUGUAAUUUGUUUUUCCCUCCAGCCUUAUCUUGAAUUGUUGCCUGAAUACUGGAUUUAGAGAGUUAAUGUACAUGUUAACACAUGAAAGGAGAAACUAAUGUUACAAACGUCCUCACAGCUUAGAUUGUUUGUUUAAUUUUCACCUAUAGCAGGUAGACGUGUAGUUUGACCAGGAAAUACUAAAAGCUGUUUGAUCCAUGCAGCCUUUUGACUGACAGUUUGGGAUCCUCUUGCAUGUGAGGGUUUUUGUGAAUGGCAUUUGUUGAUAAGUAUUUCAACAUUAAGAAACAGUAAGAAGAAGACUUCUGAGUCAUGUUUCUGGACUAGGGAUCAUCUUCAAGUCUCUGGUUUCUGCUGGCUCUCAGUCUUUUAAGUCCUGCCACAACCAGGAGCCACAACAACAGGUGAAUCCAGGGAUCUGACCGUCCGUGCCACGCAUGCACCGCUGGAGCGCACGAAUCUGCUCUCGCGCCGCCCUCCUCCUCCUGUCCGCCUGCUGCCGGGAGGAGCAGAGGAGCAGCGCAGACCGGAGCGCAGCAUCCACAGCCACGGCACCUUUGGGAUGUGGCAGCAAUUUCGACAGCCCUGAAAUCAAUGCCCCCCCCCCCCCAUGAAAUCUCCCAAAGUUUGUAUUGUGUGAGAGCUUGAAGGCGGAGAAGAAAUCGGAACGUGCGAGGAGUGAGGAGAGAGAGGGGGAACACAUCGCGCGGAGGUGCAUCGGCUCUCUGCAGUAUACAUUUCCAGCGGUGCCUGCCUGCCUGCCUGCCUCCUGCCCGGGCACGCGUGUUUCUCUGUCUGUCGUGCAGGAUCGUGGAGCGCGUUGGAGCUGGUGCCUGAGCCAAUCUAACCAUCAGGAGGGAAGAAGAUAGAGAGAGCGAGAGAGAGAAGCAGUCCACCUCUGCAAAUAAUCCCCCCCGCAGCGCGUGCCGGAGUGGAGCAGACAGACUGCAGUGAGCCCGGACACAUGAUGCUCUAGCUCCUACACAUCUUAAUGGAAUGCAGCCAGAUGAAUUAUUAAUGUCAAGCCUGGAAGACCCCUGCCAUUUUGAUGUGUGAGCACACCCACCAAUAAUGGCCCAUAGGAUACGCAGUGGAAGUAAGUGCUCCAGAUUCUGAGGCAGACGUGUUCAUGCAUCCCGUCCAGCUCGACCUGCAGACUCUCUCCCACAAACACUUCUGACUACUACCAGAUCCCAGUGAGAGCGCGUGCAGCAUGAGGCUGGUGUGGAAAUCCCUGGACAAGAUGAGGUGUCUGAGGAAACGCUCCACCAUUCCCUUCCUCGGCUUCCUCAUCACCUUCCUCCUUUUCCUGAACCUCUACAUUGAGGACGGCUACGUGCUGGAAGGGGAUAAGAGGCAGCUUAGAGAAACAUCAGCACAUCCUCCGAGCUCAGAGCGAUACGUUCACACCUUCAGAGACCUCAGUAAUUUCUCCGGAGCCAUUAAUGUGACGUAUCGUUAUCUUGCUGGGACUCCGCUGAAUCGCAAGAAGUAUCUGACCAUUGGACUGUCAUCAGUCAAAAGAAAAAGAGGAAACUACCUUCUGGAGACGAUCAAAUCCAUCUUCGAUCAGUCCAGUUACGAGGAACUCAAAGAAAUAGUUGUUGUGGUCCACCUGGCAGACUUUGACCUGGUCUGGUGUGAAAACCUGGUGCAGGAAAUCACCAGGAAGUUUGCCCAUCACAUCAUAGCUGGACGCCUCCUGGUGAUCCAGGCCCCAGAGGAGUACUAUCCGUCUCUGGACGGGUUGAAAAGGAACUACAACGAUCCAGAGGAUCGAGUCCGUUUCCGCUCCAAGCAGAACGUGGACUACGCUUUCCUCCUGAACUUCUGCACAAACCUGUCUCACUUCUACAUGAUGCUGGAGGACGACGUGCGCUGCUCCAGGAACUUCCUGACGGCGCUGAAGAAGGUGAUCACCUCCAGAGAUGGCUCCUACUGGGUGAUGCUGGAGUUCUCCAAACUGGGCUACAUAGGGAAGCUGUACCACUCCAGAGACCUGCCUCGCCUGGCUCACUUCCUCCUCAUGUUCUACCAGGAGAUGCCCUGCGAUUGGCUCCUCAUCCACUUCAGAGGUCUGCUUGCCCAGAAAGAUGUGAUCCGCUUCAAACCCUCUCUGUUUCAGCACAUGGGCUACUACUCCUCCUACAAGGGAGCCGAGAACAAGCUGAAGGACGACGACUUUGAGGAAGACUCCAUAGACAUUCCUGACAACCCUCCUGCCAACAUUUACACGAACAUCAAUGUCUUUGAAAACUAUGACGCCACAAAGGCUUACAGCUCUGUGGAUGAAUACUUUUGGGGGAAGCCUCCUUCCACAGGAGACUUCUUCGUCAUAGUCUUUAACAAAUCGACCAAAAUAAAAAAAAUAAAGAUUUCUACUGGUUCUGACGACCGUCAGAACGACUUCCUUCACCACGGAGCUCUGGAAGUCGGAGAGAAACUAGUUGGGACCAAAAAAGGGAAACAGUGCUCCUCCUACAUCACAUUAGGGGAGUUUAAAAAUGGCAACAUUGAGGUUCAAGAUGUAGACCACAAAAUUGCCUUUGACAUUGAGUGUGUGCGCAUUGUCGUGACAGCCAGCCAGAAAGAAUGGCUAAUAAUUAGAAGUAUAAGUUUAUGGACUACACAACCCCCUAGCCAAUGAGGACUACACAGACAGACUCUUAGUAUGUCAUAGAGGCAAAAUGUUGUUUUUUUUUAUUAUAAAUGUAUGUAUUUCCAGGUUUAUUUAUUCAUUUUGUAUGUAUUUAUUGAUACUCAUUUGGAUUGCUAAGUCAAUCUGUAGUUUUUAUACCUGCAAGUUGUAACCUGAGCGGAGCAUCUUCCCUGUCGUUCUAAGUAAAAGACUGUUUAACUGAC